AUGGCCGCGCCACCAUGCAAGGCACAACAAACUCUAUGUCAUCGCGUGUGCGCCAUACUUCCCGAUGAGAUCAUGGAGGAAAUCUUUGUGAGGCUGCCACCGAAAACAGUGGGCCGGUGCCGCUGCCUCUCGCGCACCUGGGCCGCGGCGCUCUCCCAUGACGCCUUCGUCGACCGCCAUCGCCGUCUCGCCAGCGGCCGCGGCGGUCUCAAGCUUUUCUUCCUCCACGACGCGAAGGCGGGCAACAUGGAGGUACGAUCAUGGUCACUUGCUGACCGCUCCCUCGCCGCAUCACCCGUAGCCGUCUUCCCGGAUGGCAUGCGCACCAGAUGCAGCUCGCGGUGUCACGGGCUCGUCAUCAUGGAGAACACCGCGACGGGGAUCCACUACGUCUGCAACCCGUCCACGGGCGAGAUGGCCGCGCUUCCCAGGGUGCGGCCGCAUAACAGGAAGACAGAUGAGAGCCUGGGGAUCGGCUACGACGCGCGCAGCAAGAAUCACAAGGUGGUACGUAUCUCCUACUCCAACCACAGGGGCUUUGACGGCACCGAUUUCCGCACGCUUUGUGAGGUCUACGAAAUCAACUCCAGGGGCGCCUGGCGACCACCGGCGAGCAGCUCUGCACUGGGCAUGGUGAAAUUGGACAAUAUGUGCGUCUUUGCGCAAGGCCACCUAUAUUGGAAGUGGCUCGGGCGACAGAACCCGAGGAUAACCUCUUUCUCGCUCUCCGAUGAGGCUUUCAAGGCCUUGCCGCCGCCGCCGUCCUGCCAUGGUAUAGACCAGCUUUACGGGCUGGCGGAGCUCGGGGGACGCUUGUGCCUCUUCGGCACCGCUACCGAACCUGUACAACAACAUAGCAUAUGGUUGUUGCGCGACCACGAGGCCGGUGUGUGGGAUCUACACUGCCGCAUAGACCUGAAUGCGGCGUGGCCGCUGGAGGUCACGCAGUUCUCGAUAGGCCGGAGCAGCCCCAGCCCACUCGCCUUCAUCGACGAUGACCGCCGCAUCCUGUUCAGGGUGUACUGCAAGUUGUCAAAAGAGGAAAGAUCCAAGAGCGCUUACAAACUGUAUGCGUACAACCCUGCGACCGGCAAUGCCGAGAGCCUUGGCUUUCUCCCCCACAGGAGCACGCCACCCGAGUUGUAUGAGGAAAGUGUCGUCUCCACAGGUAGGCCAUUCGAAGACAUUGUGUCCUCAUCCCCGUCUCAAGAGGCGUAG